AUGAAGCGGUCAAGAAACUUAAUCAAGAUGAACAUGCUUAUGUUCUUUCCCUCCUUAACAUCUUUGCUUCUAAUGGCUUCCUUCUUCUUCUUCCACUUGGGCUUCUCUUUCAGCCACCAAAUUCCACACCCCACAAUCAAGAACGCUUGCACCACUCUUCUUCACCCAUCUCUGUGCUUCACUGCUCUUGCCUCUGUCAAAACCCAUGACCAUUUCACUGCAUUUCAUCAUCUUCUUGAGGCCAACAUCAACCAAACUGUGGCAUCUGUGGAAAGUACCAGGCAGAGCAUUAAGGGUCUUCUGAAGCUCCAAGAUUUGUAUUUGCAAGAGAGGAAUGCGCUGAAAGAUUGCCUAGAGAUGUUAGACCAAACCCUUUAUGAACUUGGCCAGGCAGUUGAUGAUUUGCAUGGAUUUCGUGUGUCCUACGGUAACCUCAAGACUCUUCUUAGUGCAGCUAUGACAAAUGAGAACACUUGCAUUGAUGGGUUUUUUGAAUUGGAAGAAUUUGAUUCAGAAAAUCAAAUCGGUCUCAAAGGUCACCUCCAAGGCUUGUUGGCUCCCAUCUCUGAAUUGAUGAGUGAUUGCUUGGCCAUGAUCAGAUACCAAGAACAAGCCCUAAAUGAACAGAAGAGGCUUGUUACCAAAAAACCAAAGAAGAGGUUCCCAAUGUGGAUGCUGCCCGGUGAUCGAAAUCUGAUGCAGAGAGAACCAACAAUGAAGGCUGACAUUGUUGUUGCCGCUGAUGGCAAUGGAGAUUAUGAGACUAUUGGUGAAGCACUGAAGAUGGCUCCUAACAUGAGCAGGACCAGGUUUGUGAUUAAAAUAAAGGCAGGAGUUUACAAUGAGACCGUAGAGAUUUCCAGAGAAAAGGCUAAUAUCAUGUUGGUUGGAGAUGGGAUGAACACAACCAUAAUCACAGGGUCUAAAAGCUUUGCAGAUGGAUUUUCCACCUUUGCUACAGCCACUUUAACUGUAAUUGGGGACAGGUUUUUAGCCAGGGACUUGACCGUAACCAACACAGCAGGUUCAAAGAAGUUCCAGGCCGUUGCUGCAAGAGUGACCUCUAACUCUGCCUUCUAUCAUUGCAACUUCAGUUCUUAUCAAGACACCCUUUAUGUUCAUUCCCUCCGCCAAUUCUACCGUGACUGCAUAAUCGAAGGCACGAUUGAUUUCAUUUUUGGAAAUGCAGCUGCAGUCUUCCAAAACUGCACAGUAAUUGUUCGAAAACCGAUUCCCGGUCAGAAAUUGAUGAUCACUGCUCAAGGGAGAACAGACCCAAAUCAAAACACUGGCAUUUCGUUGCAGAACUGUACCAUUGUGGCUGCACCAGAUUUCAACAAGACUGAGAGGCAAAAUUUCACAACGUUUUUAGGUAGGCCUUGGAGAAACUAUUCGAGGACUAUAGUCAUGAAGAGCUACUUGGGGGACAUGAUAAAUCCACAAGGGUGGUCAAAGUGGGAUGAUUAUAGCACUGUGGAAACUGUAGAGUACAUAGAGUACUUGAAUUUUGGACCUGGAUCAGAUACAAGGCACAGGGUCAAAUGGGGAGGCUAUAAAAAGAAUUGCAGUGAAGAGAUUGCGAGGCAGUUUACAGUUGGUUUGUUCUUACAUGGAGCAGGUCAUUGGCUAAAGACAACGGGCAUUCCACUUUCUUAUGGUUCAUAG